GACUAAGGUAAAUGUUAAAGUUUUCUCAUGAUGAGUCAAUUUGUAGAAAUGCUUUCUCUCAUUUAAAAGCUAAAAAAAAAAAAAAAGAAAUCCUGAUUGGCAAAGCGUUGCCAUGGUAACGUGAAUGCGUUUAUACCAGCACAAUGGAGUUUACAGGGAGCAGUUACAGUGGAGCUUAUAAAAAUGCCAGGAUGGAGGGCAGAGGAGUGUACACACUCCCCACUGACACCAGAUAUGAAGGGGAGAUGAAGGACGGCAUGUUUCAUGGCAAAGGAGUUUUGCACUUUCCCAAUGGAGGGAAAUAUGAAGGAAUCUGGGAAAAAGGCAUAUGCAAGCAGGGUCGCUACACCUUCUCUGAUGGAUUAGAGUAUGAGGAGAGAGACUGGGAUUAUUGUCACGGCUGUGAUCGACGUUUCUACACCGAGAGAUGUUCUGGAGUCAAACCUGCUGGAGAAUCUCAGUUGACUAACGCCGAUUCUUCUCCGGAGAUCCCUAACGGCUGCUACGACUGCGGAGAAGGAUUCUACGAUCCCAAAACCAGAGUCGUCACGGAUUACGCGGGCGGCUUUCUCAGGAACGCUGAUGAUCAGGAGCACGAGUGGAUCACUCGGACAUGCCGGAAGGGCGUGCCACAGAUGGAUGAGUCUGUAGGAUGUGCUCCUGGGAGCAGUACAAAGUUGUAAAGCUAAAGUCCUGGGAAAGCCUGAUGCACCUUUUAUAUCAACAUUUAUUUGUUUAUGGAGAAAAUUGCAGAUGCAUGGGGCAGAACAAGGAAAUCCAAGCAGAAUAGAAUCUGCAGAAGUAAUUUAUUGAUAAGCCUCAUAAGGAUUAUAAUUCCUGAUUGAAACUGAAACCAGAAAGCAAAAAAGAAAGGAAAAGCCAAUUUUAUCUUCAUAAAAUUCAGUUUUGUUUCAAGCACAGACUUUUGUGUUGUUUCAGUCUCAUGCUUUUCUAUAAUACAAAUUUGUUCAGUUUACAUUUAGUUAAAUUUUGGAAAAUGCAGGCCGUGCAAG